GAUAUAUAACUGUAGAGAAUAUAUAAAUAACUGGAUAAUGUAUAUCUCUACAGCACAAGCUAAAGGUCUCUUUAAAGACAAAUGACGUCACCGUACCGGAAGUAGGCAGUGUUCCAUAAAACUGAGUCCUCCUCUAAGGCCCAAUCACUCGGGUUGUUUGGAUUGUUUUGUUUUUUUAAAGUUCCCGUCUUUUCGAUUCACUUCGUAGUAAAUCGCGACGUGUACGUAAAGCCCAGGCGGUGGCGUGUGAAGUCCCAGUGCGGCACUUCCGCUGUUUAUUAGACACGUCUGUAAGCAGCAGAACUCAGUAAUAUCAUGGCACUAACUAACAGUUGCUGAUCGGAAUAAAUAACGUCACAACACAGGACACUCGAGCAGGUGAAGAUGCCGAUCGACAGGCAGCGAAUGCGUCCAUGGAUCGAGGAGCAGAUUAACAGCGGUAAAAUUCAAGGCCUGAUCUGGGUUAAUAAGGAGGAAAAGAUAUUCCAGAUCCCGUGGAUACACGCUGCCCGGCAUGGCUGGGAUUUGGAUAAAGACGCUCCACUCUUUAUGAACUGGGCCAUUCACACAGGAAAAUACCAGCCUGGAGUGGACAAGCCUGACCCCAAGACGUGGAAGGCGAACUUCCGCUGUGCCAUGAACUCCUUACCAGAUAUAGAGGAAGUGAAAGACAAGAGUAUGAAAAGUGGAAGCAAUGCGUUCAGGAUGUAUCGUAUGCUUUCGGCAUCAGAAAGAGCAGCUAAGAAAGCCAAGAAGAAAAAGAUGGAACGGGAGGCGAAAGCAAAAGGCCCGGUACAGAAACGGAAAGCUAAGCACAACGAGCCAGAGAAAGAGUUGCAGCCGAAGGAAGAAACGCUGCCAGACAGCACGGUUUUAUCAACAGAACCGGAUGAAAGCCUGGCGAUCAGCUCUCCCAGUAAGCUGACGAUCAGCUAUCUCCCAGAUGUUUGUGCUGUCGUGGAGGUCACUACCGAGAACGAGGAGUCGGCCGUCAGCUCCACUCUGAUCCCCUACGACUUCCAGAUCUCCCCCAAGUCCUGUUACGCCGAGAGCGACGACGAGGACACACACAGUGAUGAAGACGUGGAGCCUCAGGACUUGUCCUUCAGUUCGAGACAAUCUUGCUCCUCUGUGCUCAGGAUCGCACCAAGCUUUCUGGACAAAAAUCAGUCGUACAUCUCGGACAAGACAAACUUUUGGGUGACGAGCUUCCGAGAGGAUUCGCCCAUGAUCGGCUACGACAUGGAGCCCUGGCGUCCGUUCCUUCCUGCUCUCACCAUCGACCUCAGUUCCGGCUCCAGGUCUCGUGCCAGCGUCAUCAUGAAAGCCGUGGACCUUUCCUCUAAAAAGACGUAGGACGGAGAUUCGCUGCUAAACAGCCGCUCUGAAGCGCCGAUUUCUAUUUUGUUGGUUUUUUUUUCUCUUUUCCUCAUCCGUGGAAAGGGGCAAUGACCUGGGAUUUAUCCUCCUUCACCCUGGUGCUAUGAUCAGUGUGCGUGAACCUUUAUCUGAAUGUAAGGCCAUGCAAAGUUAAAAGCCAGAGGAGUCGCUGACCCACAACGGAUGUGUUUAUUCAGCAAUAAAAAGAAGGGUGUAGCUACAGAGUUAGCUAACGUGAGCUAGCGAGGGUCAUUUCAGAGCGUUCCUUUUUUAAGUGGGUCGUUUAACUCGAGCUGGCGCAUCGUGUGUGUGAUGGAUAAGUAACGAGUUUAUAGACCUGACAGGAUUAGAAGAUUUUCUCAACAGAUAACAACAAAUCCUACAAAACAGCAACAGUUAUGGGGUUUAUUUUCUUCAAAUAGUUGAUGAUGAUGUGAUCGGUCUAAUGUAACUGAUCCCCAACACUAAAGAGUUUUUGUUUUUAAUCUGCUAAUGUGGGAAAACUAGCAGAAGCUUUUUCUUUUUCUUCAUGUUUUUUGAGCGGUUUAAUUUUGCAUGGCCUAAACCACGACAUACCUCAACAAUCCUGUACAUUUUUCAACAAAAAAUGUGUGGAAUUACCUCAGAGACUGAUCCACGGUUCAUUGCACUCACGGUACAGUAUUAUAUAGGAGCACAAAGCUUACGUUAGACAUCAGCUUCGUUCGUAACGCGCCGAUGGUACAAACGUAGCGGUUGGUUGUUGCGCUAAUGAACAGAAGACAGGAAGUUGUGCAAACUUCUGAUUGGAAAGACAUUAAGAUGAAAUUUGUUCUUGUGUUUAAUGCGAGUGUAAGCAGAAGCUCUACACACGGUCUCAUAAAAACACUCUAUAAAAAGCACAACCAUUUCAUCACACGGCAUUAACGGACACACACAGAGCUAAAUAAAAGCGGGUACUCCCCAUACACACACGCACACAUACACACUUUGGUGUGGACGCACCGUUAGUAGCAAAGCUGUGCUUGUGCGUCUCAGGCACCGUGAACGCUAUUAAUAAAUGAACACAGACUCCAAGAAUUGUAGAGAAGUUGCAUAACAGUGUACAAUGUACAAAUGUGAGUGUACAAUGUAAAGUUUCACUGUACACCAAAACUAAUAAUAAUUAAUAAAAUAAAAGCAGAGAAUUUCAGGAGAGUUUGAGGAGUUUACACUACACAUAUCUAACACAAAGUCUUUUUAAGUCCCAAUAAAACAGGACGUGGAAAUCUGAAAGAAAUCGCGAAGGCUGAUUUAAAUUCGCCGAUGAUAAACGAUCCCUGCUGUAAGCCCCGCCCACUCCUCUCCAUCUCACAGGCUCUCACGGUCUGCAGGUUUAUACUGAAGUUUCUGAUGUUUUCAGCAACUUUAACAGGGUAUGUUCACGUUAGCUCGACAGGCACGUGUUUAAUUGACGUUAGUUUGAUAUAAUGAACGCAGAAGCAGCUGAAACAUAAAGUUCUUUAUUGUACUUCCUGCCUGGGUGGAGGUGGGGGGGGAGUCAUGUGACAAAAACAUAUCAUGAUACUUGAAAAUAUAUAUAUUUUUAUGAUACAAGAUAUAUGAUCUAUAUAUAUAUCUAUAUAUACUGCCGGAAAUGCAGUAGUGUUGCGUUAAAUAAAAAUAAACUAUAAAAAGCUUUUAUAUAGACAAAAAUAAAUGACAUCAUAAUGAAAUAAAUAAUGAAAAAAAUUCAGUACAAAGUUGUAAGAUCAUUGGAGCUGCGUUCAGUUUGUAGUUUGAUCUUUUUUUAAAAAAAAGUGAAAAAAUAUCUAAAAAGAAUUGUAAUAUCUCAGAAAGGUGGAUGAAGAUAGAAGCUGUAUAAAGUUGUAGCGGUGAGACGAGCUGCAGUCGCUGAUGUAUCACCCGUUAGUUUAGAUGUCUGUAUUUAUAUAACAUGAGAAGAGUGAAGUCCAGGCUCAUUUACAGUCACAGCAUUUACCAGACUUCCUUAUUCACAGCGAAAUCGUUUUUAUACCCCGGAGCGGUUAAGGGCCUUGUUCGGUUCGGUUGGACCUGGGAUUCAAACUCACAACCUUCCAAUUGUUAGUCCAUCACCUUAACCACUGAGCUACCACAUGGCUAUCAGAUGGUGUUCAGAGCCACCUUUUGGUUUCAUCGCUGCACACUCGAGUAGUCACGGUUUCCCGAAUCCUUCAGUCAUUUGAAAUGAUUGGAUUUGUACUUUAGGGUUUAGAACUGAGGAAUGUUUUUGUAGAUAUUUUUUAUAAUUUAACUGAAUGAUUCCUAAACAAAAUAAAACCAGAUUAAUAAUCUACAGAACGUGUAGGAUGUCAAACUAACUCAAUUCGACAAUCACAGCACUGCUUGGAAUGGACACACACACGCACAUGCGGACGCACACACACACACACACACGAACACACACACCUGACUCUCCAUACAGACAAGACCCUGAGCUCAGGAUCAAACCAGAGACCUAAGAGACGUCAUACCUGUAUACGUGCUAUAAGCCCCGCCCACUCCCUGCCAUCUCACAUGCUCUCACGAGGAAGUGUUUAACUUGUUGAAAGCAGUGUUUCUUCUCUCCUCGCGCGUCCGUAAUCUUGCCACAUGAAAAUUUUAGUUUGCAUCACAAUACUUGAAGAUGUUUUUAGGGGUUUGCUAUCUAUCCUACAGUACUUUUGUGCUAUAACAGGCUGGUAUGUGAAGCUAUUAAUGAUUCCCUUUACUCUGAUUAUACAUGAUGCUACCACCACCAGGCUUCACUGUGGGGAUCAGACUACAUCGUAUUAUUCCAAGUGGUUGGAUGUAUUUAUUUAUUUUUUUAGCCAGGAUUAUAUGAUGAUGAUGAUGAUGAUGAUGACGAUGGGGAAUUUUUGAGUACAAAGGCUUCAGUCUGUAACCCAGAGACAUGAAGAACUCGUAAAGGAAGCAACGAGUUCUUGUCACAAAUGUCUGCAGUUCUUUUCGAGUUGCUGUAGGACUCACGGCAGUGUUGGAUUCAACCAUUUAAGAUCGGUUUAAUUUCCGGUUUUCAGUUUAGAUUUUUUUUUCUCUUUAAUUAUACCCUGACUUCUGGUGUCCUGAUGCUUCAGCAGCAUCCUGUCCCUCUCUGUCCAGAUUUCUCCUGGUCUUCUCACCAACUUUAGAAUGUCCUGGUCUCACGAAUGUCCCUGCUGUGCCAUAUGACCUAAUCUUGAUUAUUGUUAUACAGCUGGACUUUAUUUGGGGUUAAACAGUCACUUAAUCUGUGUCAGGUGUACACUAAUUAAUAUUCCAGCUUGAAUGUGAUUGGUUGAAUCUCAACACUGCCAGUUUUUUGCUAAUUACUAAAGGGUGCACAUACUUAUGUAUGGUGGCUGUUGGGAGUUUUUUUCUCACUAAUUUCUUUUGUUUGUCAUAGAUUUUUAUAUGAUGAAAUUUCACAAUAAAGGUAGAAAAAGUU